GAGCCCUAGGCUCGCUCUCUACCGCCCCCAAAAAAAUCUAUGCUACGACGUUCUGCUGGCCAGUUCCUUCCCAGAUUCGGACCACUGCAGUGGCUCUUGCGGUUCGAUUGCACCCACUGUUCUACGCUGUGGUGUAGCGACCACAAGAGGUAACCUGCAUUUGCAGUCCCAGUGACCAGUUCGGCCCCUCCCACCAUGGCAGCUCCCGGGAGGACAACAUCCAUUGAGAUCGUCGAGGAUGUAGUCAUCCGCGAAACCACAGUGGUCCGGCCUGACCCCCCUCCGCCUCCCCCACCUGAGCCAAGGGGCGUGAGCUCCAGGAUCGAAAUAACAACGGGUGACCCUAUGGGAGGUUCCACAGUGAUGGCCGUGGGCGGUCCCAACAUGAACGUCCGUGCUACGAUUUCGAAUGAGGGAGCCAACAUGCAAGUCCUGUCUGGCGGCGGCAGCGGCUGCAUCACGGGAAACGUUGCGCCGCCCCAGCCUCAACGAACGAGCUCCAGCACCCGCUUCGAGCGCCGUGUACUUAUUGCAGAUGGCACCGAGACCGUGGAGGAAUAUGAGAAUGGACGCCUGGUCAGAAAGACAAUUAAUGGGAAAGAACAGCCCCUGCAGUAAUUUCGGAACCGCCUAACGGUGGACGAUGCAGUAAAGGCUUUCGUAACUGGGA